AUGACCACGUAGAAUGGGCAUCAGCCAAUGAAAAGGUCCAUGGUGGAGGUUCCCUUCCUCAGCUCUGAUUGAGUCGCUCUGGGCUCGUGCCUUUGAUCUUAAUGGCCUCGUUAACUGCCAUGGCAACAGCAGGGCUGGUCUUCCUCUGCAGAAACCAGGUUAAAGUUUGAUGACAUCGGCUGAUGAUGAAAGAUGAAUAAGUCGUGACUCCGAGCUUCAGCUCAGAGACAUUGAUCCUCCCUGGGUCAGAACCCGCUCAGGUCCAGUCCUGCUUCUAAACACAAACAUUCAUUAAGUUUGAUGUUUUGACUGGAAAAGAAUCUGUUUCAUUGAACUUAGCAUUGAGCUAGCAGCCUCCCUGAAAGAGCAGAGCAUUAAUUCCAAUCUGAACAUAAUUUCAUCAGAUCUUCUGCAGCUCCUGGGAGGUGGACCCAGUUCAUCCUCAACUGGAAUUGGUUCUAAACCAGUUCAGCAGGUCCAACUAGAUUCAUGCUAACAGUUCAGUAUUUGCAAAUAGAUUUGGAGCUCAGACUCAAACUUUUGAUCAUCGUUUAUCUGAAUUCAACUCUGACGAUAUUCAUGAAGAUCAUUAUGUAGAUGAACUGGCGUCUCGUUGCCUAGCGACAUGUUUUUAUUCAGAUAUCACAGCUGAGUUUCCAGAACUGCUACUCUCCUCCUCGUAUUUUCUAAAAGUUGUAGAAAACCAGUUCAGUGAAAUGAUCAGUUGAUUAAAUGAUUCUAAAGUAGAAAUAAACAUCUGGAAACGGUCUAGUUAAAGGCUGCCAGUUAAAGACAUCCAGAUCCACAGAUGAGUUCUGGGUUUUAAAAUAAUAAUAAUAAUAAAGUCAUGAAUUCAUAUCUUGAACAGCAGGACGCUACACACUUGUAUGGAAUAAACAUGAACAGCUUCCUCCAAAACGCCAUGUUGUGAGUGGCAUUUAGAUUUACUAAGGCUAAGCUAACAGCAGGUUAGACCAGCAUUUACCCUACUGAAUAAAAGAUGGGUGGCCCAACAUGGUUCUGGUGGUUCUUAAUGGUUCUGAUGGAUCUCUAUAGUUACCGCUGCUGGUUCUGUGAGGUUCUGUUCCUCCAUGUUGGACCUGCAGACUCCUCUCCUCCUUCCAGCUGCUAACAUUUGCUAAAUGUCACAUUUAAUUGUUGCUUUCUCUUUCUGAUAUUUUCUCAGCUGAACUUGUUCUCAGACUCUGCGGCUGUUUGCUGUCAUUAGUCCUGAUGAAUCAUUUCAGCGUUCAGCGCCGUGAUUCCUGCUCUCUGAUUGGCUGUCGUCAGGUUGACCGGCAGCUGUGCAGGAGGAAGACCUGCUGCUGGUCUCCUGCUCUGCAGCAACCUGUUGCUCAGGACCAUAUUAUUGCUGCUGAUAGGGGUUGUGUGUUGCAGAUCGGAUUGGUGAAAAUUUUCUCGUGAUACAUUUUUUUUAUUUCCCACCUUCCUAAUGGACCCGAACCAGUUUGAUGAGCUAGCUGGGCGCCUCCCUUGGUUUCUUCUGCAUCGGGUAAGAGAGCGGACGUCACGCUGCACUGACUCUCACCUUACCAGUUGAUGUGAACACCUACCAGUUUACUGUAUAACAGCGAGUUGUAAAACCUGAUGGUUACACCGACAUGCAGUUGGAUGUCCUGAAGUAUUCUGGACUUAAAAGUCAACCGGACCAGAAUCACAUCGGCCACACGUUGACCUCACCGUCUGCUUUUAUUCAUCUGUAAGAAUCAGUUGAGCGCUCAGCAAGAGGACAAGACUGAGUCCAAGUGGAUCUGCAGGAUCACGUCCAGUCAGGCAGAACCAGGUCCAGAACCACAGGUCCGGAUCCACGGGUCCAGAGUGUCUCUGAGCUUUAGAUGUUGAUGUCAGCAGUGGUCUACUCAGCUUAACGCGGUCAUAUCUGACACAGCUAAUGGGCUUUAAACACUGAGUGAAAUAUCUGGCAUAUCUGACACACACAACAUUCAGUCGUGUUUUCGUCACUUGUGGGGACUUCCAUUAGCCUAACCCUAACCAUCACAUACCUAACCUUAACCUUUACCCUACCUAAGUUUAUGGAGUUUUUAACCCAAAUUUGGUGAUUUUUAGUUGGUUGGAAGUUUAUUUUACUUAAAGGAAAGAAGGAAAAGAAUAAGAGGGUGCUUAACGAAAUUCAAGUAAGGAAACGAAGAAACGCCUGAAGAAGACAAAGUAAUGUCGAAAUGUCGCGAAAUGAAGCUAAGAAACAAAGACAAAGAAAAAGCAAGAAACAGAAGACAAGUACAAUUCCAAUUAGCCGAAUGAAGAAAAGAAAGAAAUGGGGUCCCACAAACUAAGUAAAGUUUUUUUCAUUUCAUUUGGGACACAGCUGAAAGGACAGGGUGGAGAGCUCUUCCAGCCUUCCACUUGGAAGGUUGGCUCUUCCCCUCACCUAACCAUCACAGACACAACUACCAACCCAAAAACAACAAUUUCCCUCAUAGGCUCCAAGAAAAUGUCCCCACAAGGAGCAACGGUCCCAUAACUCCACAUUGUAGACCGAAAUAAGUUCCCAUAAGGAUAUAAAAACCUGGUACACACACACACACACACACACACACACGGCUCAGCAGGGCCCAGUCCUCCCUCUCCAGCUGUAUCCUCUGGUGCCGGUUCUGAUCCGGUCGUCUGUUUCUGUUGUUUACUUCAACAAGUGGAGGAAAAAAUAAAAAACACUUUUCACUUAAAGGCAACUUUAAAAAUGUCAGUAACAUAUUAGCAGAAAUAUCAUGUGAGUCACUUUGAUUUUGAGUGGAGCUGAUGCUCUCAUGAAUCAACAAGGAGGUCAGAGGUCAAAACUUCAUCACAACACAUAGGAGACUUCAGAGACGUUUCUCUCAUUUCCAGUUUCCCCAGUCAGACUUUAGAGGACUCUUCAUGAGUCUACUGCUCCUCUUCCUCUCUGGCACCAUCUGGACGCCUGUAUGGGACAAAAGGGUCAGGUCGUCUCCAGUUACCCAGACUCUACUGUGGUCCAAAUGGUUUCAGCUCAGAUGAUGUGAAGUUCACCACAAACUGCUUAGAAGACGACCAGCAGCUCCUCUUAGGUUCCCAGGACUGGAGCAACUGGUUUCUGUGGGGUGAAAGGUCGUGACCUGGAUCAGCAGCCUGGUUUCCCUGUCAAACACCCCGAACCUCCAGCUGCUGAAACCUUACUGGAGGGGAAAUGGACACCUGCCGUUUUCACCAGCUUCACCAACCUGUAGCCCGUUCAUUCAUCCAGCCACUGGGGGGCGCUGUUAUAAAACGCUGGCUAUGCAGGGCUGGAGUGGAGCGGUUUUCCUUAAUGUCCCAAAACUGGAUGAAAACUUGAUAUGGAGUUACCAAAUUGAGCAGUGAGUUGUUUGGAUCCUUUUUUGGAAGUUUGUUAAUUUUACUGCUAGAAUCUGUUUUUAGGCGGCGGUUUGUGUGCAUGAGCAGCUCCGUGGUUUGAACGCCAUAGCAGACUUUGGUUACUUCGGAUACGUUGGUGUUUAAAACGGUUUGUUCUCAUGGAAUAGGACUGCUGGUUGUCUGUAGUUAAUGUCGUAAGGGUCCUUAACAAUUUGGCUGACCUGCCACUGACCCGUCCAUGAAGUUUCAUGAUGUUUUAAAAUGAAUCUGGUGGCUGUUGGUGAAAUGCUAAUGAUGCCCCAGUUCAUUUUCGGUUUAUUCUAACAGAGAUUGAAUGUAUUUUUAAUGAAUUACUAGAUAUCUGAUAUGCAACAUGGAUUAAUAGAAAACAUAAAUAAUGUAAUCCUAGACUUUAUGUGUGGAAAUUUGAAACGUUACUAAUUGAUUGGGUUUGUUAGUCGUGGAAUUGCGUUUUUUGCUGACCUUAUAGUCAGGUUAUUAUUUGGACCAGAGCCUCUGCUAGAAGUGGCGAUCAGGUAGAUGGAUUUGAUUUGUCUCUGGACAUCGGACGCCUUUUAGAUAAAUAUGUUUUAGCCAAAGACUUGAGGGCAGAAACCCUGGGGACUGGUGGUGUUAUUGGUAUAAUUUAGUCCAUAUUUAAUAGUUCUUCCACUCUUUGAAAAGUUCUGGAAGAGAUUAAUGAGAGCUUGUUGUCAACAUACAAGGAAACUCUGGAGUUUUUACUCUGUGGUGCCGUUCCAAGAGACCCUCAUCCUGACCUCUGACCUCUGAGCCCUCAUUGCCUGCCAUCCCGUGUGCUGCUGUAGUAACAUGAUGAUGAUGAUGGAUUGGACCUGGCUGUGCAGAUGAGCAGGGCAGGGCUCCGUUAACGCGCCGCUCCUUUCAUGUAAUGAGUUUUAUUGGCACGGCUGCUUGGCUGCCAUUAGUGACGCUAAUAGACAAACAACUGUCUGGUUUCAUAUUUAACGAGGCGAUGAGUGAAAGCUGGAGGAGCUGAGAGUUGCAGUCAGCAUCCUGUCCUCUCCUCUGGGAACUCCUCUGCUGCAGCUGACAUUAGCAGGAAAUGUCAGUCUGCUGCAUAUUUCAGGCACACAGAGCUCAGCGAGCCUCAAAUCCACAUAAAUGCAGAGAAAGCGUUUAUUUCUCCUCAGUAAUGGACCUUAAUGCUGAAUCAGAAGCUUCUUGACCGUUUCAGUUCAGACCUCAGGACUUUGCUGCGUCUCCGUUUCCCAGAGCAGAAGUUUGACUUCAGCAGACUGCCAGAGUUUCUGCUUCACCUUCAGCCACAAACGAAAUUCAGUCGUUAAAAUCAGACAGUGAUACGAAAACCACCAAAACAUCACCUUGGGAAGUCGUCCAUCCGUCUGUCUGUCCAUCCGUCCAUUUCGAACCCAGGACCUUCUUGCUGCAAGGCAGCAGCUCUACCUACUGCCCUACUGUGCAGCCCCCCUCCUUGGGAAGUCGUUUGAUGUUCAAUCUUCUGUAAUAAGCCAAACAUGACAUGUUGAUGCUGCUGCUGUGGAACAGGAUAGAGAUUAAAUCUGUUAUUGAUUUAUUGAUUGUUAGCGGCUGCAGCGCUGCAUACAUGCUGACGACGCUGCUGCAGCUGAGCAGGUUGAUGCAGACGAGUUUCUGCAGCAGCUCUGGGAUGUGGGCCAGGACUUCCUGAAACUUCCCAGAAUCCUCCUUGUUUCCUUGUUAGACAUGCCUUAAUAAACUCCAAGUCUGUUCUAGUUGGGAAAUAUCUGAAGUUUGUGAGCAUCAGGCAGGUCAAGGUUUGGAUGAAACACGCAGCAAACAUCAGGUCAACUUCCAUCAGUCAAUAUAUUGAUCAAUGUUCCAGUUACCAAUAAUCAGAUCAGCUCCAACCAGCUGGCUUUUAGUCUGGAUGUAAAGGAUCUCAGUGUUUCAGCAGCUUUGCAGUUUUCUGUAAGUUUGUUCCAGAUCUGUGUUGCAUAGAAGCUGAAUGCUGCUUCUCCGGGUUUGUUUCUGGUUCUGGAUGCAGAAGCAGAACCAGAGAGAGGCGGCUUACUUUCUGAUCUGCUGUCCUGAUAAACGCUGGGAUUCUACUUUUGCCGUUAACUGGACCUGGUUGUGGUUCUGAUUCUGGUGCGGACAGGACCGUGUUUAUAAUCUGAAACCUUUAAAUAAAAGAGCAAAACCCGAAGAGGUGUGAAUAUUUCCCCAGAUUGUCAAAGCACACAGAAACCUGCAAAAAAGAAAUCAGUGAUACUGGAAACGAUGUCCACCAGAGAGGACGGGUCCGUCGGGAACCGGGUCGACCCGACCUGCUAACGGCUCAUCUGGAGGACUUUAACUUCUCCACUUAGAGAAGCGGGAGUUUUUCAAUCAGCUUCUCUGUGGUGAUUUGGUUCCAUUUCCUGCUUCCAUCAGUGAGAACAACUCGUUUAAUCUCUAACUGCAAAUUACAUUUUAAAAAUCAUUAAAGCUCCUCAAGCAAACGGCUUUAAAUGGGCCAAUAAAUGUCAGAGGAGGAUGGAGGUUUGUGUCUGAUUGGCUUCAGAAACCAUUUCCUUAUUCAGCCUCAUAAGGAAAGACAUGGGGGUUCAUGUUUUCACAAUUUUAUUCAUUCAUUCAUUCAUUCAUAAAUGUCACAAUUUCAGCUAAAUUGCUAAAUAUUUAGUUAGCAGCUGCUAGUCUCCUAACAAAACAUUUAGCUUGAAUAUUAGCUAAAUAUUUAGCUCUGAGAUAGCUCAGUAUUUUUGCUAGCUCUGAGCUAAAAUGUUUAUCUUGCACAAUAAAUAUUUAGCCAGCUACCUACAUAUUGAGAAACUGCAUUAGGUUUUCUGUUAGCAUGGUUAGCUUACAGGUUUUCUGUUAGCAUGGUUAGCUUACAGGUUUUCUGUUAGCAUGGUUAGCUGUUUUAAUUCUGAGUUUGCAGGGUAGGGUUGGUUGUGCCUGUGAGUGGAUCAGACUGUGACAAGAUUAAUUUAAAUAAUCUCCUCAGUGUUUCAUUAGCUUGACGCUCAGAGCUGUGAACCUGUGGAGACGGUCAGUGGAUUACAUGAUUAGUCAGCAGAUUAACACGGAUCACUGCAUGUCUGUAUCGGAUCCGUCACGGAUCAGCACUAAGCCUCCUAAUGUGCACCACUUCCCUUUUCCAGCUGAUCCAGCUGGAGAUCAGGACCGUCUCCAUGGAGAUCAGGACCGUCUCCAUGGUGAUCAGGACCGUCUCCAUGGAGAUCAGGACCGUCUCCAUGGAGAUCAGGACCGUCUCCAUGGACUGUCUCAGCGUACAGACAUGCUGAGACGGACUCAGAGCCGUUUGCUUGGCUCUGCACUGUUUGAUCUGUUUCCUAUCCAGAUUUUAUUGUGAAAGAACAUGAAGCCGAGUCCGGUUUCCUGCCUGCAGCGUCUGAGCCUGUUGGAUCAGAACCUCAGAACUGAGCUGGUUCACCAUCAACUGAGUUGAGUUCUGGAGACAGACGGGGUUCCUGCUGUCCAAUAUUUUCGGUUUCUUCACGAUUUAUUGAAGCUGCAGGCUUUGUUUCCUCCUCUUUGUUUGGUCUAUUUAAAACCUGCUAGCUGUGCUAAACUGAUAAAACUGCAUUUACAUCUACAGGAAGAUGGAAGACGGACAAAAUCCUUCUGAAGUCCAGACACAGCACCUCUGUUGGACUUGUGUCCAAUAAAAACACUGAAGUAAGAAGAAUAAAACGCAGAAUCUCUGCUGGAAUGUCCUGGAGUUCUAGAUCUGUAGAUCUGUAGAACCAGAUCAGGACCUGAGUCCAGUAACUGAUUAGAACAGAGCAGGACUGGUUCCGCUCCAGUGGCUAUGGACUGAUAAGGUUGUCAUAGAAAUGUCUAGAAGCCAACCAGAACCGACUCUACAUCAGCAGACGGAGCUAGCGCUCCAACUGACCACACGUUCAACGGGAGCCGACGUUCAGGGAGGAGCUUCCUUUGUGGUUCCAACCCUCCCAGUGAGGCGGCGUUGAAAACUUCACCAGUUUGCUUCAGAUGAUCCUUGUAGAGUCGCAGGAGGAGCAGCGGCUGCAAGUUGACACGUCUCUCUGUCCUCCAGGUGUCCAGGUGUCCAGGUCCACUCGUCGUCCUGUUGGAGCCCUGCAGCAGGAAUGUGACAGGAAUCUCAAACCACUUUAGACUGACCUCCUGGUGACCUCCUGGUUCCCACCAAGCCUCAGGAAGCCUUCCGCCUUCUGGUUCUUCAUUCUCUCUGGUGUUGCUCUGACCUUUGACCCGAUUGACCCGGCUCCUGAUUGGUUCCCACCGAGGCAGAGGGACACGGCGCCGCCUGCAGGCAGACGGGCAGCCAUGGACGUCCUCUGGCUCGUCCUCCUGUCCUGCCUCCCGUCCUGCCUCUGCGACAUGCUCUGUCCGAAGCGCUGCACCUGCCAGAACCUGCUGCCGUCCUACACGGUGCUGUGCGCCAAGACGGGCCUGCUCUUCGUCCCACCAAACAUCGACCGGCAGACGGCCGAGCUCCGGCUGAUGGACAACUUCAUCACCACGCUGAGACACCGAGACUUCGCCAACAUGACCAGCCUGAUCCACCUGACCCUGAGCCGGAACACCAUCAGCCAGAUCAGACCCUACACCUUCGCUGACCUGCAGGACCUCCACGCCCUCCACCUGGACGCCAACCGCCUCACCGUCCUGGACGACUCGCACUUCCAGGGCCUGGUGAACCUGAGGCACCUGAUCCUGGCCAACAACCAGCUGCACAGCAUCUCAGAGGGGGCCUUCCAGGACUUCCUGGAGACGCUGGAGGAUCUGGACCUGAGCUACAACAACCUGGUGGACAUCCCAUGGGACACGGUGUCUCUGCUGGUCAGCGUCAACACGCUGAGCCUGGACCACAACCUGAUCGAGAGCGUCCCCGAGGGAAUCUUCUCCAACCUGCACAAACUGGCCAGGCUGGACAUGACGUCCAACAAGCUGAAGAAAAUCCCCCCGGACCCGCUCUUCCUGCGGAUCCCGGUCUACGCCAAAAUGAAGGGCUCUCCGCUCACGGCGCUGGUGCUGAGCUUCGGGGGAAACCCGCUUCACUGCAACUGUGAGCUGGUGUGGCUGCGGCGGCUGACCCGCGAGGACGACCUGGAGACCUGCGCCUCCCCCAGAGACCUGGCCGGGAAAUACUUCUGGACCAUCAGAGAGGAGGAGUUUGUCUGCGAGCCGCCCAUGAUAACGCGCCACACCUCCAAGAUGUUUGUGAUGGAGGGUCAGGAGGUCAGCCUGCGCUGCAAGUCCAUCGGGGAUCCGGAGCCGUCCACGCACUGGGUCAGCCCGGACGGGAAGCUGAUCGGGAACACGUCCAGAACCGUCUGCUACGAGAACGGGUCGCUGGACAUCCUGAAGGCGUCUGUCAAGGAUUCUGGGAAGUUUACCUGCAUCGCAUCCAACGCAGCCGGCGAGGCCACCGCUCCCGUUGAACUGGUCGUCAACGCCUCGCCACACUUUGGGCCCAAACUGGAGCCGGAUCCGGGGCCCUCAGACAUCCCCACAUCCAUCAAAUCCAACGUGAGCGGGGGCCAGCCCCGGGCCGACCCGCAGCGGGUCAGCGUGUCGGACCUGACCUCCAGCUCCGCCGUCAUCCACUGGCCGCCACAGAACCACAUCCCAGGGGUCCGCAUGUACCAGAUCCAGUACAACAGCUCCACCGACGACAUUCUGAUCUACAGGAUGAUCCCGGCCAAUCACAAGUACUUCCUGCUGAGCGACCUGGCGGCGGCGCGGGACUACGAGCUUUGUGUCCUGGCUGUCUACGACGACGGCGUCACCACGCUGACCGGAACCAAGAUGGUGGGCUGCGUCUCCUUCUCCACCGACUCAGAGUACGGCCGCUGCCACUCCAUCCGGGACCAGUUCCUGGGCGGCACCAUGAUCAUCAUCAUCGGCGGGAUCAUCGUGGCGUCUGUGCUCGUCUUCAUCUUCAUCCUGCUGAUGAAGUACAAGCUCCAUAGCAACCAUUACAAGCAGAAAGCCGCGGCGCGUCACGCCAACGUCUGCUCCCAGACCAACGGAGGCGGAGGGGGCGGAGCCAGCGGCGUCCUGGUGCUGCCUCCGUCCGCCGCUGGGGGUGCAGGCGCUAAUAAAAGCUGCGCUCCAGCGGCAGAGGGAGGAGCUUCUCUCAGAGGGACGACCGUGGUGGACCUGAACCCAAGUCUUGACGAGGACGCCGCGUCCCAAUAACAGGAAGCCGGACGCUCAGCGCCGACUCCCCUUCCUGUUUGUGUCACUGCGUUUCUUUUUCUGCUCCGUCCUAGAGGCAAACUGGACUUCCUGUGAGGAGCGGCGGCGCUCGGCGGUGUUCUGGCUGUGAUGAAGGGAACUGGGACCGCCUCCGGUCCAGGUCCAGGUCCGGUCCGGUCCGGGUCUCAGCCCUGCUGAUGUUCUGGACCCGGUGAGGUUCUGGCAGAACUCCGGGUCGAUCCAGAAAGUUCUGGUGCCGCUGCUCCUCUCCUCACUAUACAGUCACAUGCCAAAGGAUUACUGUGGGAGCAGCGCCUCCUGCUGGACGCCUUGGCCUGAGACACGAGCGAUGGAAGGACGACCUCUGACCUCCAGACGUUUCUUCAUCCCUCCUCCCUCUCUCUGUUUUAGGGUCCGUGAUGGACGCUGCUCCACCCGAGACAUAAAAACUCUGAGCAGCUUCCUGAAGCGCUGGCGGACUGAACUGACGGCGAAUGUAUGAAGUGGUUUUAAAAGAUGGCUGCAGAUGUUGCCCCUCCCUCCCCUGUUGCUGUCUGACAGUGUCUGUGUUUGUAUGUGACAUCCACCUAACAGUCUUCAGCGGUUUCAUACCCAGAAUUUAACCAUAAUGAAACAAACGGAGAAAAACCACUGCAACAUGUGAAAUGGGAAUUUUAUGCUUUCAUAGACACAAAUAUGUGGAUUUAUAAUGAAAUAAAAAGUAUUUUUAUUGGAAAAUGUGAUUUGUGGGUUUCUUUUGGUUGUGAUGAUCACAUGAAAAAAAGAAAUAUCAAUACAUUUGUAUUAAUUCUGGUCGGAGCAGCCGGGUGGAACCAUGGUGAGCACAUCGAUGUGCAUUCCUGCACAGGGCAGCCUGUUAGCCGCUAACGCUAGCCACCGCAGCCGCCAUUACUGCGCAGAGUUACCGCCAACUCAGGGUGAGCAGGAAUCUACCACAAAGAUGUUCAAAUCGCCUGCUACAAAAUGUUAAAGCUGAGGAAACCGGUGAUGUUUUGAUAACUUUGUUUCCUUUCCCAUCAUCUCUAGUUUGGUUUC